CUCCCUGGUUCUCUUUCCCCAGUCCCACGUACAGAAGUAAGGACAAAAUGGCAUCAGCUGAUCUUCAGUGGCUUAUCAUCCGUAACAACUCCUGCUUCUUGAAGCAUGAGGGCGGUGUCACCAUGAGCACAGAGCCAAACAACUUGAAGAACAGGAAUUCAUUCAAGUACAAUGGACUCAUCCAUAGGAAGGCCGUAGGAGUCGAGGCUGCUGCUGAUGGCAAAGGUGUUGUUCUGGUCACCAAGAAGACCAAAGGAACAAUGAACAAGCCCGUCAAGACCUUCAACCGUGUUGAGAUGAAGAAGGACUCCCGCCGUACCCUCACUGCUAUCCGUCGCACUCUGAAGAAGGGAUACCGCAAGGAUCUUAAGAUGGCCGCCCUAAGGAGAGCGAGUGCCAUCAUCAGGAGUCAGAGACCAAUCACAUCGGUCCAGAAGAAGCGCCCUACCAAGAACAGGCGUACAUGAGACAACAGCGCCCUCUUCCUUCCCCCACUAGACACUAGGACUGGUUAUUCUGUGGAGACGUUUACCAUCAUGUCACUCACUGUAUGGCUGUUAUGAAUAAAUGACAUUCAUUAGUGCAACCAA